AUGGAAUUGUCGGAGGGGGAGACGGCGGUUGUGGACACAUUUGGAAAGUGUAUGGAUACGGCCGGGUUAGAGCAGAUCGGACUUCAACCAUGGCUACAGUUGAUACAGUCGAUAAACGGAUGGAGAUUGGGUGAUCUCCCCUUCCCCAUAUUACCUUCCUACUUUUUCGAAGAUCUCAUGCUUCAAGCUUACAGUUACGCGACAUUCCCGAUAUUUUGGCUGGGCGUUGAUGUGAAUUACGGGGACUCGAAGAAGUAUAUUUUGACGAUCGAAGAGCAAGUUCCGACUUUUCUAUUUGCGAUGCUCUACCGUACCCAGGAGACCGAGUUGAGGGCCGAGGAUUUUUUGGCUGGGCGGAUACAUCCGGAAAUGCAAUACCUUUUCGAGAUGGGAAUGCAAAUGGCCGGAUACUCGGGAGCUGAUAUCAAAGAUGACAUAGUUCGCCUCAGCUUCUCAAGAGCCAUCGAAUUGGAGUGGCGACUUGUGCGGAUAUCUACUGUGCACGAGGGCAAGGGGAUGGACCACGAGAAGUAUAAUGUGUCUACCGUCCGGGAGUUGGCCAGGAUCGUGCCAGGGUUUGAUUGGCUGUACUUCCUCAGCAAGCUACUGGGCUAUCAAGUCGAGCACGACCAACCUAUCGCCAUCAAGGCGGGCAUCAGAUGGCUGGAGAAAUUGUCUCUAAUCCUGGAUCAAUAUACACAAACUGCUGAGGGAUUGAAGGCAUUGGAGGACUACAUAAAAUGGAGAAUAUUGACGGUGACGCUCUCGUAUGCAGAGAUUCCACGAUCUGUUCCCGCACCAAAUCUUGGAUUUCAGAUCGUCCGAGCCCUCUACGUCCCUUCCGGCAAUCUUCGGGAGGAGUUCUGCAUCGCCAGACUCUCAGGCCAUUUUCCGUUGUCGACAGCGGCUCUCUUCCGGAAAUUGGACCCGAUCGCUGCGGAUAAGAACAAAGCCCUCCUCUUCCGACUUUUCGAAGACGUCCGAACCUCCUACGGCCAAAUCAUCCAAAAUUCCGCAGUCCUCGACCCACCCACGCGACGCCACGUCUUGCAAAAGCUGGGCAACGUCACGUUUUUCGGCGCUUUUCCGGACCAGGUCCACGACGUUGGGGCGCUGAAUUUUGAGGCAGAUCAGUUCUACGGAGAGCCGGAACGUAAAGAUGACUUCUUCUGGACGAUGGUCAUGGCCUCGGCUCGCAAAUACCGCCGAGAUUUGGGAAGGCUGUCGAAGGGAGUCUCGCGUAGUCACUGGCUGGACAAUACCAACAGCUUGACCCUGAACGCCAUCCACAACUACGAGCGGAACGUCGUCGUCUACCCCAUGGCCCUGGUUACCAGGAAUUUUGCAGAUCACUCGAAACCGGGGUUCUCCAACUACGCCGGGGCUGCGUUUUUCAUUGGUCACGAAAUUGCGCAUGCGUUUGAUGUUCAAGGCCGUUGGUACGGAACAACCGGAAGUCUCGGCAAAUACUGGACCCAAGAAUCGAUGAAAAAAUACACGGAAAGCGGGGAGUGCUUUGUGCAACAAUACGGGGAGAUGAAGGGAGGCCAGGAGGCUGAUAUUGCAAACUCCCGGCAAACGCUCACCGAGAAUAUGGCCGACAAUCUGGGGUUGCAGGCCGCGUGGAUGGCAUUCGAGCGUUCGAACGAGCUGAAAGGGGAGCUGGUGCCCGGUCUUGGCGUCUCGGUCUCGCAAGCCUUUUGGAUCGGCUAUGCCCAGAACUGGUGCUCCGUCCUGGAUCCGGCCACGUUGAAUGCGCAUGAGAAGGAGAGAUUACGCGUUCUCGGCCCGUUGCGGAAUCAGCCGGACUUUGCUCGAUCGUUCGGAUGUCCGAUUCGGGAGGAUGCAAAUGAGUGCCACGUUUUU